AUGACCAUUGACCAAAUGUUUUGAAACAAUUAUAACGAAUAAUAAGUAACAGUCUUUAACAAUAAACGCAUAAUAAGCUAAGUUUUCAUAUGCAAUUGCACUUACAAACUCAAACCUUUUCCUCUGUUUCAUUUGUUAUUUUAAUCUCUUUCCUUCUUUCUUUUCACAAACAAAGAAGGGAAAACAAAUUAUUGAAAAAUCUUGAUAAAACUUUCAUUGUAAAAAUGGAAAGAUAUGAAGCAAUAAAAGAUAUAGGUUCUGGGAAUUUUGGUGUAGCAAAGUUGGUGAUUGAUAAGAAGACUAAGGAGCUUUUUGCUGUCAAAUACAUUGAAAGAGGAAAGAAGAUUGAUGAGAAUGUGCAGAGGGAGAUCAUCAAUCAUAGAUCAUUAAGGCAUCCAAACAUCAUCAGGUUCAAAGAGGUCUUUGUAACAUCAACACAUUUGGCCAUUGUCAUGGAGUAUGCUGCUGGUGGCGAGCUCUUUAACAGAAUAUGCAAUGCUGGUCGAUUUAGUGAAGAUGAGGCCAGAUUUUUCUUCCAGCAGCUCAUUUCCGGAGUCAGUUACUGUCAUUCCAUGGAAAUUUGUCACAGGGAUCUUAAGCUGGAAAACACACUACUCGACGGUAGUCCAACACCUCGUCUUAAGAUAUGUGACUUUGGUUACUCCAAAUCCGGGAUACUGCAUUCACAGCCUAAGUCAACAGUAGGUACGCCAGCAUAUAUUGCACCCGAGGUUCUGUCACGAAAGGAAUAUGAUGGAAAGAUUGCUGAUGUUUGGUCCUGCGGAGUGACAUUGUAUGUGAUGCUGGUAGGAGGAUAUCCUUUUGAAGAUCCUGAAGAUCCUAAAAAUUUCCGUAAGACAAUUGCGAGAAUAUUAAGCGUCCAGUUCUCAAUCCCAGAUUAUGUACGCGUAUCAGCCGAUUGCAAACAGCUCCUUUCACGUAUCUUUGUCGCAAACCCCUCCAAGAGGAUCACAAUCCCAGAGAUCAAAAAGCAUCCAUGGUUUCUGAAGAAUUUCCCCAAGGAUCUAAUUGAAGGGGAGAAGACAAACUAUGAAGGUAAAGAUGGUGAUCAACAAACGGUUCAAAGCGAGGAGGAGAUAAUGCAAAUCAUUGAAGAAGCUCGAACACCAGGGGCAGGGGAGGCAGCCAAAGCAGAACAAAGUGCCGGAUCCGAAUUGCUAGAAGAUGAUGAAUUAGAGGCUGAACUGUUAGAUCCUGAUCUUAGUGGUGACUUUGCCUACACUGUUUAAUCAUCUUUACACCACCCUUUUUAUUCUUGUUGUGAGAUUUGUUGUAGGGUACAAACUCUUACAUUACUUGUUUUUGAUCAAUAUUUGUACAAAGUUUUAUCAGUGCAAGUACUAGAACAGAAAGAUACUUCAGCUAAAGGGUGCAUCCUUAAACUUAUUAACAACCUAUUCAAACUUAUCGAUACUCA